AUGCGGCUCGGCUCAUCGAACAGCUACAACGUCCAACAGACGGAGGCCAUCGAGUCAUCAUCGACGUCGUCGAUCGUCGAGAAAUCGACGACGCCGGUGAGCCCGAUGACCAGCGGCCCUCUCAAUAAUCAUAUCAAGUGUUUCGUCUCAUUUUUAGAUGGAUCGCAUUUCAGUUUCGUCAUAGAGAAAAAUGCCUUGGGUAAUGUACUCCUGGAAAAAGUUUAUAGUUAUUUGGAGCUUAUUGAAAAAGACUAUUUCGGCCUUAUUUUCUUUGUCGCUGAUCCUUCAGAAGGCCAGAGAAAGAAAUGGCUUGAUCCCAAUAAAGUUGUGCGGAAACAAAUGUUCUGCCCGCCAUAUCACCUUUUAUUCCGUGUCAAAUUCUAUGUAAAUGAUCCAAAUAAGCUAAAAGAAGAGUAUACCCGAUACCACUUCUUUCUACAAGUCAGACUGAGUAUUCUUGAAGGCCAUCUUCCUUGUAAUGAAGGCUCAUUGGCUUUAUUGGCAAGUUAUGCGGUCCAAUCGGAAUGCGGCGAUUAUAAGGAGAAAGAUCACGGGAAUGCGAAGACAUGCGGAUGCUACAAACUGAAAUUCGCUCCAAGACAGCCGGACGAUUUUGCGAGCCGCGUCGCCGAAUUACACCAACUUCACAUAGGGCAAUCGCCGGCCGACGCCGAAUUCAACUUUUUGGAUCAUUCCCGACGCCUCGAAAUGUAUGGAAUGGAUUUAUACGAUGGACGGGACGCUAAUGGCCUUCCAAUUGAAAUUGGUGUUGGUUGUGUUGGAAUCAAAGUCUUCCAUGAUGGAAUGAAGAUGAGCGAAUACGUGUGGUCUCGAAUCAUGAAGUUGAGCUUCCGCAAAAAGCAAUUCCUUGUGCAGGUGAGCGGCGAGCAGCCGAACGCCGAUGUUAUGAUCGUUUUCAACAUUUGUUCGCCGAAAUCGUGCAAACAAUUGUGGAAAUGCUGCAUCGAGCAGCACACGUUUUUUCGGCUCAAAACGCCGCCGAAACCGCAACCGCGUCGCCUAUUCAAUAUCGGCAGCAAAUUUCGGUACAGCGGUCGAACCGAGUACCAGACGAUGGAGGAGGCGGAGAACAAGAGGCAUCUGACGCAUCGCACGUUUCAUCGAUCGCUGUCGAAGAACUCGUUCGCGCGUUCGACGUACGCGGGCCCGGCGCCAUCCAUCGACUCAUCGAGGUACACGACGACCACAUCGGGUUCCCCAGAGCUUCCCACGAGCGGUCAAUUAAUGGCUCGUCGCCUUCUUCGACACGAGACCGAGAAUUCCGAAGGUCUCGGCUACACGUCAGACGGCGUCCUCGGCACACCAGUCUCGCCACGACAAACGCGCGACUACUGUACAGACAGAUCUCGCGUCUCGGCCGCCUGUCAUUUUUGUUGCGGAUCGCCCGAUCCGGCGACGGCGGGCGAGUUUUUGGGCUCUUGA